GAUGUAUUGUGCAUGGCAAUCUCAUGGGACUCCGCCGUUUUGGCCUGCGGUACCGCGGAUGGGGGUCUUACCCUUUGGGAUUUGUCCACUGGAGGCGUUCGGUCUACAUUGGAUAACCAUUCCACCAAGGUCUUAUCCGUUGCAGUCACCUCUGAACAUGGUCUUCUUCAAUCGGGUUCCGAGGAUGGCGUCAUUCGUGUAUGGGAGAUCAACCGGGGAUCUUUCCAAGAGAGAGAGCUAGGGCGAAAAUGUUCUUUGAGUGUUGCCUUCUCUCCCGACGGGAAACGAGUAGCUUCGACCGGCUUCGACCGCCAGACUCUGGUCUGGAAUGCAAGCAGCGGGGCACUGCUGCCACCACUUCCUCAGAAAGGCGACCCCCCGCGUUGCUGGGGCCUUGCCUUAGCAUUCUCUCCAGACGGCACGCUCUUAUUGUCAGGAAAUCAAGAUGGC